AUGAAACUCGAGGAGCUUCUGAUGAUGGAGUCGAGCUGUGAUCGCGACGAGCUGGUCGAUCUGCGUGGCUUGGACUAUGUGACCAGCUUUGACGACCACCUCAUGUGUCCAAUAUGCCACUGUCCCUUUAUCCGUCCAGUUCGCUUGCAGUGCGACCAUGUGUUCUGCCAAAAGUGCCUGAAUUCCGCCAUCACCUCCUUUGCCGCUGGUCGGGAUGAUUUCACAUGUCCAACCUGCCGGUCGCCGACUCGGGAUGUCUACCUCAACGUACCUCGACUGCUGAUCAACAUGUGCGACGAUGUACGGGUUAAAUGUCCGUUUACGGCAGAGGGAUGCAAAGAAAUUGUACCGCGAGGUCAUAUUCAGUCCCACGUUGACAAGUACUGUGGGUACAGCCUCAUGGAUUGUCCGAGUGCGGUUUGUGACAGGAAGACAAGGAAGAAGGAUCUGAACCCUGAGCAGAAAUGUAUGCACCAGCUGCAUCAAUGCUCCCGCUGCGAGGAGGAGGUUAUGGAACAGGACUAUGAGGAGCAUGUCAAAGAGUUGUGUCCUAGUCUGAGAACCACUUGCCCCGAUUGUCAGACAAUGGUGUUUCGAAAAGCGCUGCGAGAGCACAUCGACACCUGUUCAGAGGCAAUACAUGCCUGCGCGGCAUCGAAAUACGGGUGCCCUGUCAAAGUCAAACGGGCCGAUUUAACGAAUCAUCAGCAGAUCUGUCCAUUAAUUGCCAUGGGCCCUUACUUUGAAACCCAGAACGCACGCCUUGACUCUAUGGAAUUGACGAUUCGCCAUCUCCAGCAGCGAAACGAGAUCUUUGAGGACGGGAUUGCCAAUAUCCGCUCUACCCUACUUGAUGCUUCUCGUGCACUGCCUGGACAGGACAUGGACUUGCGAUCAGGCUCUUCGGGCCACCCAACCCCCUCGAGCUCUCGGUAUGCGGCUGACGAUCAAUCACACAUGGAUGGUUCUAACGCGUCGGCUUCCAAUGCCGCCACCACGACAUAUCUGCUCGCUCUCCACGAGUCCCUCCGGGAAGAGGUCGGCCAGCUGUCACAUGCAAUCACCGAUCUAGACGCUCGGGCCAGCAUGGCUAUUAUGAAUGAGUGCCUCCGUCUGAAGGAGGACAUGGCCCAUACAAAUGCUGCCGUCAGCAGCAUCCGCAUGCAGGUCCAGUGGCUCAUGAAUCCUCGUCUACAUCAGGGCCAACGGGCUGCGGGUGUGCGAUCAAAUACCGGCGGCAACGGCAAUAACCAGGAGCCUAGGCCUGGCCAACUGGGAUCGUCCAACUCUGGUCCGAGCAGCUCGGCUGGCCCGUCUGGCUUGCUCCGUCCUCGAAGACCCAGUGACAGCGGACGAGAAGGCACCAAACUUUGA